AUGUCAAGUUCAGAGCAGCCAAAAAAUGUUAAUUGGUGCAUUUCCAAUGACCUUAAGCCAAUCAAAGUAUUCGAAUACCCAGAUCAAGCAUCAAAAAUUAUUUGGGGCGUCAAUUCCAAUAAUAUUAUACAAAUAUCUUCACAAAUUAUCGAAUUGACAACAACCCACAAAAUAUCUAUCCAAAUGGCGCUAUAUUUGAUUGAUAUUUUUUCACAAAUUCUUGUUAAAGAAAUUAAAUUAUUUUCAGAACUUUAUCAAAAGAUAUCGAACACAUUUUCAUACAUACAUGAACCGAAAAACAAGAGAUUAGCGACACUUUUACAUUACAAAGGUAUCAAAUUUGAAAAAUUCGAACCUGAAAUGAAAGAAGAAGAAAUUUUCAAUUUAUAUCCAACAGAUUCUCCUUUAUACUAUAUUGCAUGGGAUAAAGUUGACGAUCUUAAGAGUAAGUUCCCAAAUCUUGAUAUUAAUGAGAAGAUUGAUAAUAUCAAACCACUUAACUGUGCAAUUAAAUAUGGAUCAGAACUGUGUUUCAAUUACUUGAAAAAUUUAGGAGCUCAAUACACCGAUUACUCCGAAGAAUGUGCUGUUCAUGGCGGAAAUCAAAACAUUUUUAUGCAAAUGAUUGAAGAUGGUAAAAAAUUCGAUAACAUGGUA